UUUCUUUCUUUUUUUUAUAUAGAGCUGAUGAGCUAAGCCAUGUGAGCCAGAUGGAUGACGGCAUGGCCCAACAGCCCACAACUUUUGGGGUUUUUUUAGUAAUCAAAAUAUCGCAUCGUACUGUUUUUUUUAGCGUUGAAGUCUUUUCCUUAUCUUGAAGUUACAUACUUUAAGUUCACUACUACAAAUAGAAACUUCUUCCCCUAGUUGUCUAUCAAGUCAUUUGCUUUUAAAAAUUUUUUUACCUCCUCAAAUUGAUACGUUGCAAAUAUAAAGAAGAAGAUGGGUUUAAUGCGGUCGAUGCUUCCAAAUGCAAAGCAAAUCUUCAAAUCACAAUCUAUGAGAAACAAAAACGGAUCAUCAUCAUCAUCCACAACAACUUCAGGGCUUGUUCCGAAAGGUCACGUAGCGGUUUACGUGGGAGAACAAAUGGAGAAAAAGAGGUUUGUGGUUCCAAUAUCAUACUUGAACCAUCCUUUGUUCCGAGAAUUUCUUAAUCGCGCUGAGGAAGAGUGUGGAUUUCAUCACUCCAUGGGUGGCUUGACGAUACCUUGUAGAGAAGAGUCGUUUCUUCAUCUCAUUACUUCUCAUCAGCUGCAUUGAGGAACGCAUGUAAUAGUCUUAAGGGCUUUAAUGAAGCAGUUUUUUGUUUCCUUUUCUAAGAGAAAAAGUAUAGGAAAGUUACUUAUGUGUGUAUAUGAUGACACUUGUUCAGAGCUUAAGUUGUAUUUUGAAAUAAGAUUUAAAAAGUUGAACUAAUAUUGAUACUCAAA